UUAAAAAAUAAACAAUGUGUUUUGAGGUUAUGUUUAUAUUUUUAUAAUGUUUCGGAUUAGUUUAAUCAUAAUAAAUCGUUAUAAUGUAUCAUAUUACAAGGGUAAAUAGAUUCUACAAAUUAAAAUCUCUCAUAAAAUCAAUAGUUGAAGUGAAAAACUUACAAACUGUAGGCAUAAAUGAUAUACCAAAAGUAGUGACCGCCGACAUUCGAAAAUUAUUACGACAAAAAGGAUUUGCCGUUCAGGAUGGCUUCACAUCGGUGACAACAAAAUGUACGAUAUGCUCAGAUGAGAAAGAUGAGCCAAAGAAAAGUGAAAGUAAACUUUAUGUCAACAAAACAACAGGUUAUUUUUUAUGUCCAAAAUGUAAUGUUCAUGGAGACUGGAACAUACUUGAAAGAGUAAUAAAGAAAUCAAAGCUUGAUGGUUCAACUAAAGAUUACAUUGAAAACUUACAUAAAGAAGUGAAAUCCUUUCAAACAGCCUGGCAAAAAGUUAUUGAUGAAACAAAAUCUAUCCAAACUCUAAAUGAAACAGAAAUAUUGGAACUUUUUCGAUUAUUUGAAUUUCCUUACCACCAUGAAGCUAGCAAAGUCUUAUCUGAAGUACGAGUAUCAAUGGACCAUACAGUAUUAUAUUUUCCUUUAAGAAAUUCUCUUGAUAAUAUAGUAGGUUACCGCAAACUGCAAGCGGGAAGGGAGGAGGAAGUAGAAAAUCAUGGUUUAUAUACAGCAGGAUUGUUUCACUGUAGAGCUAUGAAGGUUAACCGUACCGACCAGGCUAUACUUGUACCUAGUAUACAGGAUGUACUACAUUUGGCUGCUAGUAAAAUACCUGGCACCUUCAUUUGGUUAAGCACCUGCAGUCUCCCACCAAUAUUGUUACCAACUCUAGAGAGUUACCAGAGGUUGUGUCUUUGGGGAGAUUGGGACAACAUGAGAGUCGUUGCUGAAAAAUUAGGAGAAGAAAGGUGUCGUUUUGUAAGACCGACAGAUGGCUUGGUAACGGCAACCGAGGCGGCAAACGCCGAUCUUUCCCUGAAAGCGUUGGUGUCAGAAGCGAAGCCCGCGGCGCACAGAUCUAUCACCACUUUUGCGGCGUUGAGAGACGACGUGUAUUCUGAACUCACCAACAUCGAUAAGGUCCGAGGUGUAAAAUGGCGUCGUUUCCCAGCCUUGACGCGUCUCUUGGGUGGACACAGGCGCGGGGAGUUGACGGUGCUGACCGGGCCCACCGGCUGCGGCAAGACUACGCUUUGCGCCGAGAUGUCGCUCGACCUCGCCCAGCAAGGGGUAACAACAUUAUGGGGCAGCUUUGAGAUUCGCAACUUCCGCUUAGCGAGAACGAUGCUGCAGCAGUUCGCCGGCGUGUCGCUGGAGCAGAACCUGCAGGACUUCCCCAGGUUCGCGGACGAGUUCCAGAAACUGCCGAUAUACUAUCUCGCUUUUCAUGGACAGCAACCCAUUAAGGUUGUAAUGGAGGCGGUAGAGCACGCGCGGUACAUGCACGACAUCUCGCACGUGGUGGUGGACAACGUGCAGUUCAUGCUGGGGCUGGGCGAGGAGCGCGAGGGCGACCGCUACAUGCGCCAGGACGCCGUCAUCGCCGCCUUCCGCACCUUCGCCACCGCGCGCCACUGCCACGUCACACUCGUCAUGCACCCGCGAAAGGAACGUGACACAGAAGAUCUCUCGACGAGUUCUAUCUUUGGAAGCGCUAAAGCAUCUCAAGAAGCUGAUAAUGUACUUAUUAUUCAAGAUAAAAGGUUGACUGCAGUUCGCGGGAAAAAGUAUCUGCAAGUGGCCAAGAAUCGGUACAGCGGUGACCUCGGCAUAGUUCCUCUAGACUUUGACAAGGACUCCUUAAGUUACCAGUCCAAAAAGAAAACCAAGAACAAGCAAGACGAACCAGACAAGCUUUUGGACCAGUGUUUUGAGGAGUAUUCUUUGGAAGAACCACAUUAUAGUGGCACAAAGCCUUCAAAGAAUCACAAAAACCAAAAGAAGCCUAAUGAUGCAGACACAUUUCUUAGCGAUAUAUUAAAUUUGAAUAGAACUAGAUAACAUUUAGCAUGUCAAAAUAUUUUUAAUGUAUAUACAUACACUUUUACAUAUAUGUAUAUAGGUGCAUUU